GUUAUCUUUGACUCUUUUAUCGCUGUUCUUUAUUUUUAGUAAUUUAUUUUCGUGUUAUUAUUGUUUUUAAUUUUUCCUAUUUGCUUAAAUUGUUCAAGUUGCUCCACUAUCUGGAGAAGCAUUGAAGACGCAAUCGUCAAAGCGUGAAGAUGGCUGAUGAAAUUGUUUUCGCUGUUUUAACGAUUAGCGACACCUGUAGUCAAGACGCAGGGCAGGAUAGCAGUGGCCCACGUUUGGUUAAGCUCAUAUGCGAUGCCUUUCAAAAUGUGCACAUCAUUACAGCAAUAUUACCUGACGAACGUGAACAAAUUAGCGAUAAACUUCGUGAACUCAUUGCGCAGAAGUCACCGAGUGUGAGUGCAAUUAUUACCACGGGGGGCACCGGCUUUGCGCCACGUGACGUCACACCAGAAGCAACAAAAAUUUUGCUUGACAAAGAGUGUCCACAACUAGCACAAUAUAUUGCGCAAGCGUCACUGCAAAAAACGCAUUUUGCCGCAUUAACGCGUGGUGUUUGUGGUAUUGCGGGUAGCACAUUGAUACUUAACUUCCCGGGCAGUGAAAAAGCAGUAUCGGAAUGCUUCGAAGUGGUGCGUGAACUAUUUCCACAUGCGUUGCAAUUAAUUGGCAACGAGUUGCCGCUUGUGCGACGAGUACAUGCCGAAUUGCAGGGGAGUAAUGAUAUUGCGCCAACAAGCGGGCACAUCUGUCCACAUAAAACUGGUAAAGGUGAUGAUAGCGAUAGAAAUUCACCCUUUCCAAUGAUACCGAUAGUGCAAGCACUAGAGAUAAUAUUUCAAACAGUGCAACAACAACGCGCAGUCGCCCAGCUGCUCAAUGAUUUUUUGUCACCAGUGAAUAUACCACCGUUUCGUGCAUCCAUCAAAGAUGGCUAUGCUAUGAAAUCUACAGGCUUCUCCGGCACGAAAAAAGUGCUGGGCUACAUAGCAGCCGGGGAUGAGAUAAUAGUGCACGAUUUAGAGGAGGAUGAAUGCUACAAAAUCAACACAGGCGCGCCAGUGCCGCAUUACGCCGAUUGUGUUGUGCAAGUGGAGGACACUAAAUUGCUGAAGCGGAAGAAGACUGGCGAAGAGGAUUUAGUUGAAAUUUUGAUAGAACCAAAAGCAAACCUCGAUAUACGCGCCGUUGGCUCAGAUCUACGCAAAGGCAGCAAACUGUUCCCCUUGGUUGAUCACUCAGCAGUAGUUAUUAAAUCGGUACUCUCAUCGGUGGGCAAGAACUUGGGCGGUGUGCGCAAACCGAAAAUUGGCAUAAUCUCCACUGGCAGUGAACUGUUAGCGCCCGAACAAGCCGAGGAGAUGGACAAAAUUUACGAUUCGAAUACAACUAUGCUGGCGGAGCUGUUACAAUAUUUCGGUUUCGAAUGCGCACACAAACUGGUACUUAGCGAUGACUUGGAGACUAUUAAAGGCAAAAUCGCAGAGUUAUACAAACACGUAGACUUCAUCAUCUGCAGCGGUGGCGUUUCCAUGGGCGAUAAGGACUACAUCAAGCCGGCACUGAAAAGUUUGGGCUUCACCAUCAAUUUUGGACGCGUCAACAUGAAACCGGGAAAGCCAAUGACCUUCGCUUCCAAAAAGGAGAAUUACUUCUUCGGGCUGCCAGGCAAUCCGGUUUCCGCAUUCGUCACGUUUCAUUUGUUUGUAUUGCCGGCUAUACGCUGGUUUGCCGGCUGGCCGCGUGAUAAGUGCGAAUUGGCCUCGCUACCAAUAACUUUGCAGAAUGAUAGCAUAGCGCUUGAUCCGCGCCCGGAAUAUGUGCGCGCUGCGGUGACUAACAAGAAUGGGCGGUUAUACGCCACGGUCAACGGCAGUCAGAUGAGCAGCCGACUGCAGAGCAUUGUCGGCGCUGAUGUGCUCGUAAAUUUGCCCGGACGCACAGCGAGUAAGCCAAACGCCGUCGUGGGCGAUGUGUAUCGCGCUUCAGUGUUGCGCUACGAUUUCAUCUCGAAAUAUGAAUAAACGUUUUUACACAACGAGUUCCUACAUGGCAUGGUCUGCAUUGGCCUUAUCGAAUUUGAAAUUUUUAUUCUACAAAAAGUUAUGUUUUAAGCAGUGUCUUAUU